AUUGGCGAUGAGUUGAAAGGCAAAACAUCCAGCAUUCUCCGUCUGGAUGGGUGAAUUCCUAUUUUGUCCUAUUUUUUUUCUAGAUAAUAAUGGCUCGUAACUAUAGAUUUUAUCGAACAAACAACGCGGUACGGCGGACGAAUAGCUGGGAAACGGUGGUAUCUCAGCAAAGUUAAGAAAAUAUAGCUCAAACGGAAGGACAACUCCAAUCGGGUCGUGGUGCCACCUCACACACGGUUGUUCCCCGAUACGCACAAAACGUAAAGCAAAACGGGUAGAUGGCCUGUACUUGUUGGUUGCCGGUGGUCGGUAACCGCACACCUUUAAGCAGUAUCCUCAACGCGCUUCCACCAGACGACGCACAAAGUCAUUAGCUGUAGAUUGACCAGAGUGAGUGAGAGAGGGAGAGAGAGAGGAGCAGAAAGAGCAACCAAUAGCUUCCGGAUAAUGCCAUGGAUCGUGUGAAGCUGUGCGAUCAGAUACUCCUGCAGAAGCUGCAUCUGCUCAGCAAUGAGGUGCUGCGUACGAACCGCGGCAUCACCGAACGGGACAUGGAGGAAGCGUUCAAGCAGUCGAUCGGUUACCGUGCGCCCCGGUUCUUCCCGCAGAACGACGGCAUCCUGGCGAUCGUGUACAGUGCCAUAUUUGUGGUGGUACUCUUCAUCAUCACACCGUUUCUGGCCGGCUUUCUCGAGCUAGCCCUCGGGAUGCGCUGCAUCGUGCCAAACAACUAUCUCAUCUGGGAGGCAACCCGUCCCGUAUCGAACUGUGACUUUUGCCGCGGCGUUGACCGGCCAAUCAUACUGCAAAACCUGACCCGGGAAGAAUUCCAACCGUACGCGUACUCUUCCCGGCCGAUCAUCAUAAAGCGGGCGGUGUCCCACUGGCCAGCGGUACGGUUGCUGAACUACACGUUCCUGAAGGAUCUGUACCUGAAGCAUCCGGCCGCGCUGGACAGUCUGCACGAGGAUUGCCAGUUUUUGCACUUCAAAUCAAACUUCCAAACGUUGCGCGAUGUCUUCCGGAUGUCGGACGAGCGGGCCGAAUUUCGGGCGGGCCAGCAACCGUGGUACGUUGGAUGGAGCAACUGCAACCCGGCGGUGCUGGCAGAGCUGCGGAAGCUUUACCCGAAGCCACACUUCCUGCCGGACGAUGCCGAGAUGCCAAACACGGACUUUGUGUUUCUCGGGUACGAACAAGGUGCUGUGAUGCAUAUCGAUUACAUCCCCCGGUUGAUGUGGCAGGCCCAGUUGCGUGGCAACAAGAGCUGGAUCCUGGCACCGACGCCCGAGUGUGAUGCGGAAUGUCGCAGCUUUAGCUUCUACGUCGAGCCGGGUGAUGCGCUGCUUGUCGAUACGCGGCUUUGGUACCACGGUACGUUUAUCCAUUCGAAGGGAGAGUUUUCCCUUACCAUACAGUCCGAGUAUGGGUAGAGACGGAAGAAACUCUAUGGCAUCAAACCGGGCGAAAGGACACCGUAACACCAACGAUGCGAGGAUGGCAAGUGGCGUUUUUAAACCGGGGGCAAAAACAAACGGCCAAUUAAAAAAAGAUUUAGAGAUUUCUGCGCGCCUUUGCUCAGCAAAAGAUCGUUUAACGAUCGCCAGUGGUAGGAGUAACGAUCGGAAAAAAAGGGAGAAGGAAGCGACUUCUUCCGUGAGUGUUGUGUGCUUCGUACGUACGAUUGUUUUUAUUCGUCCUUUCCAGUGUUUCACGAUUUCGUUCAAGUGUUUUUUAUUAUUUGGGAGUGUAUUUAAUUUGUUCUCAUUGUUUAGUGCCAUUUUAAAACAUAUUUAUUUGUGCAGUAGUUUUCGUUUCAUUUACAUAAGUUGAUGCGUGUUUGUGUGUGCUUUUUUUUAAUCGAUUGUACGCGUGUGCUUACUAAUUUUACCGCGACGUUCUACACUGUUUGCUGCACACAACGAACAAAAAGGACGUUACGGUUUAGAUUUGGUUUUUCUUUCUGGCUAUUUAAUUCCGUUAGUGUGUGUAUGUGUAUAUAGUUAAGGCUGGUACAAUGCUACAAAGAGUCAGUCUUACGACGGGACGUUUGAUUAGAUGUAGAAAGCAAGCAAAAACAAGGAAACAACAUUAUUUACAAAGCAAACAACCAAAAACUAAAACCGUUCCGAGAGCAAUAAAUCUGAAUGUAGGGUAAAUACGUUAGUAAAUACGGCAAAAUGUGUCAAAAAGCGAAGAAAAAACAUAA